GAGCCCCCUUUCUUUUCUUUUUUUCCUCUCCGUGUGUUUUCGGAGAGUGUGAAGCGCCUGGGUCUCUCACUGUGCCGAAGGAAGGCGUAAACAAAUAGAAAAGCGUCUCUGGGUGAGAUUUUUACCUCAGAUUUCACUCCACAGCUGCUGUCCUGCGCAUUUUUGUUCUUGAGGGAAAAAGAAAAUGGCGCUAAAAACAUCUUCCCUCAGCUGCUGAGAGAGAGAGAGAGAGAGAGAGAGGACCGUUAAAGAAGCAGAGUUACCUCAGAAAUACAGAGGGAGGGAUGGAGCCCAGGGAUGGAACACACUCACACUCGCCCACAUUUAUUCGCUUAAACAUGAAUAUCUGAGUGUUAUUAGUGAGAGAGAGUUAUUAGUGAGAGAGAGUUAUUAGUGAGAGAGAGUUAUUGUGCUGUUGAUCCUGAGGAAGAUGCUAACUGGAUCCAAGACGACCUUUAAAGUCCGGCAGAUGCCAGACCUGAAGGACGGGAUCAUGAACCCGAGCGGCCUUCAUGCUCGAGGCAGAGACGUGUUCGGACUGUGCUGUUUACCAGGGGAGUGCGUCCUCCAGAGAGCCGUUCUCGUGAGGAAGAAACUCUCGCCGAAAGAAGGAGGGGGCUGGCUGUCUGGAACUCUGUUCUGCACCCAUUUCCGAGUGGCCUUUGUGCCUCAGGACAGCCCGAGACCCGACGACAAUGCUGAUCCUGUGCUCCUCGGAGAUCAUGACGUCGCUCUGGCCUCCAUUGAGAAGGUCGUGGCUGUGGGACCAUCCAGAACUAAACUGGUGACCCCGAACUCCUCUCUGAAGUUCACUCCUGAGGAGCUGGUGCUGUACUGCAGAGACCUGCGCGUCCUCUGCUUCCUGUUUGACCGACUCACUCCUGAUGCUCAGGCCGUGGAGAUUACGUACACCAUCGCCAAGACGUACCAGCCGCUGAAACCCGGAACCAUCCUGUCGUUCCAGAAUGCAGCUUUGGGAAGUAUCGAAAUGAAACAGUUCCUGAGCAACCGGAGGCGUGACCCGAGUAUGAACUGGUACGAGAGCGUAGCGGACUGGGAGCAGGAGCUGGAGAGAACCGGCGCCACCGGGUGGAGGGUCAGCGCAGUCAACGACCGAUUCGAAAUGUCCACCAGCUUAUCCAGGUUUAACGUGGUUCCUCAGAAGGUCCUUGACACCGAGCUGAAGAAAACAUUCGCCCAUUUUAACGAAGGUCGCAUCCCUCGCUGGUGUUGGCGGCAUCCUCGCGGCAGUGACCUGCUCCGCAUGGCCAGCUUUCAGAACAACAUCUAUCACGAGAAGGACGAUAUCCGGAACCUGGAGCUGAUCCUGUUUGGUGGCCAGACGCAGUGUGUGGUGGUGGAUCUCGGCGACGAAAUGCCUUCGCCUGCAGACGUGCAGCUCGCGCACACGCGACUGCGCUCCCUGUGCCUUGGAGAUAUUUCAUCCUCCAUGUCCGUGCCGGAUGAUAAGUGGCUUUCCACUCUGGAGGGAACUCACUGGCUGGAUUACACCAGGUGCUGUCUAAGAAAAGCUGCUGAAGUGUCCUGCUUGCUCCAAAGAGGUCAAUUAACCGUCGUUCUACAAGAGCCAGAGGACCGGGACAUGAACUGCAUGGUGUCUAGUCUGGUGCAGGUGAUGUGUGACCCACAGUGCCGCACCGUCGCGGGCUUUCAGAGCCUCAUGCAGAAGGAGUGGGUGAUGGCAGGGCACCGGUUCCUCAGCCGCAUCAACUACCACCGAGACAGCGACAAGGAGGAGGCUCCGAUCUUCCUGCUCUUCCUGGACUGUGUGUGGCAGCUGUGGGCUCAGUUUCCAGCCCGUUUCCAGCUGACUGAAGCCUACCUGCUGGCUCUCCAUGACAGCGUGCAGCUGCCUCUGUUCAGCACCUUCCUGGCCAACUGUCAGAGAGAGCGAUGUCGCCGAUCACAGCACUUGUCACCGAGCUACACUCCAGUAAACGGGCUGAGAGAGUUACCGGUACCCAGAGGCUCUGCCGAGGAGCCGGUGGACCCGCCAUACCCCCCUGUGUGGGACUGGGCCCUGCAGUACAGCAGCCAGAGACGAGCCCUGUUCACCCAGCCCGUGUGCCAAGCCGGUUCCCCUGCACCUGUCCUUAACGGCAACCUCAACACCAACCUGGAGCCUGAGUGGAGUGACAGCACUGUUGGUUCAGUGUUCCUGCUCUCGCGUGGUGUCUUUUCCUGUCCUUCCAACCUGCUGCCUUGGAGAAGUGGAGGAGGUUCGAGUUCCUACAAAAAGAGCCACAACCGGGCUCCAUCGUGCGAGGGCCUGCCUGCUCUCGAGCGCCUGAUCAGAGCCGACCCAUUACCCUCCAGCCUCCACGAACCCCACGGGCAUCUGCUGCCCCUGCUCCUGGGGCCCUGCGUGCACAUCUGGAGAAACUGCUACCUGAGAGGGGCGCUGCAUGCGCAGGCUUUCACGUACCCAAUGUCAUCUAACACGAGGCACCCGGUGGAACAGCUGGCGUGGGAGGUGGAGAACCUGCGAGAACGUUUAACUCAGGCCUCCACGGGCCGUCCUCAAAACCGCAAGAGACAGGAGAACCGCCGCCUCGGCUCCAACCUCAACCAGAACGCCAACAACGGCACAUUCCUCUUUUCCUCUUCCUCCUCCUCUUCCUCCUCUUCUUCUUCUUCCUCUUCUUCCUCCUCCUCUUCUUCCUCCUCCUCAUCCAGGAGCUCUUAUCAGCAGAGCCCGAGCCGCGUUUCGGGACGUUCUGGCUCCAGCGACGGACCCAAACACACGUUCCUGUUCGGUCGCCCCACCUUGAGUUCCAGUGCCAAACUGCCCAAGAGUAGCGGCUCACUGGGGCACAAGCCUCGCUGAGCUUUAGGGAGGAGAAUUAAACCGUGCAUGUGGGAUUCAAUCUUCUCACAGGACUAAGCGUUAGAAAUAUUCACCGUUUCACUGAAUACAAAGCACUUUCCUUUCCAUCUCGGCUGUGUGGUAAAUUCUCGGUACUCUGGUUAGGGGAAAAAAGCACAGCAUUCCUUAAAACUGAGUAUUUUUAAUACAAAGUUGCUUAUGUGUGUGUGUGUGUAUAGUACUUAAUAGCGUAUAUACUACUAGUUGAGUAUAGUAGUAUGUAGUAUACAGUGCCUUGCAUAAGUAUUCGACCCCUUUUCCACGUUUUGGAACUGAAAUGGACUCGUACAUCUCCACUGUGAAGCGUGGUGGUGGUAGCAUCAUGUUAACCGUAACCCUUGGCCUCUUGGUUGUGCCUCUGACCAGUCAAUCCCUUCUUACUUUCGAUGGACGGCCUCCUCCAGGCAGAGGUGUGGCUGUGCCGUAUCGUUUUUUUUUUUUUUAAGAUAAAUAAAAGCUUUCAUGAUGAUGUUCAAAGUUUGGGAUGUUUUAAUAACCAAACUCCAAUUCAUACUUUUUGCCAGAAAUUUCUCCCAGGUCGCUUCGUGAUGUUUCUAGGGUAUGUAUCGUCACUAUCAGACUCUGGGUUCUUCCAGGCACAAGUGUAUUUAUGUUCAGAUCACAUACUCGACUGAUUUUUGGCUCUUGAUGGCGACUCCUUGAGGAACUUCAGAGCAACGCAAUCUCAACUUUUAUGGAUUUAUCUGUAAAUAAUUAUAUUAUUUCUCUCUACUUCAGUAUUACAGGCUGUUUAGUAUAUUUCAGUUCCAGGUUACGUUUAAAGGGGAUGAAGAUUUACGCAAGGCACUGUAAUAGUGAUAUAGGUGAUUUGAAAUGUUGCGAUAUAGCUAUAUGUACAUUUAAUUUUUACUCAUUAAUAGGCACAAUAAGAUGUAAAGUGGUCAGGACAGGAUUUAAUCAUAAUUCCUCAUCACAGGAGUGUGUUAAUUGUGAAAUCCUCCCAAUAUUUGUGUAGUUCUUGCCAAAUAUCUGCUUCAAAUCCGCAAAAAAAAAAAAGAGAUUUUGUAGGAUUUUUUUUCCAUCUCCACUAGAUGGCGACAUUGUGUGCAACUCGAUGGUACGUGAGGAUUUAACCUGUAUAACAUUAACAGGGAGGAGGAGGAGGUGGUGGUGGUGUGUGCAAACACAAGGUACAAUACAAGGUGUGUGUGUAAGUGAGAGAGAGAAUGAUCGUACUUUAUACUUUAGGUCCAGUAUUAACAAAAAGCAAAGACAAGUUUUGCAUCAUGUAAAUUAUUUAUAACUUUCCCAUGUCUGAGUUAUUGGUGACUAAGUCAUGUCGUGUUACCUGUUCUGGUUGAAUGAGUCCUAUGAUCAUGCCACGGUUGUGAGACGGUGUGUAUGGACUGUACAGGAGCAGAGAUAGAACUUUUCAUGUUAAUAUUUAAUUACUUGUUUAGUUUAUAUUGUCUUUUUUUUAAUAUACAUGUACGUUCUGCACAAAAAUUCGGUAUUUCCUUCAGCGUCUGUGUGUGACCUCGCCUACCACACCUACAAAGGCCAACGUAUAUACACCGUACCAAUCAAAAGUUUAUACACACCUUCUAAUUCAGCGUUUUUGUUUAUUUUUGUCGUCACUUUGUCUUAAAUUAAUGAUGGCUGUUUGUUUCUCUUUACGUAGUUGAGUGGUUCUUGAGAUAAUAAUAUAUAUGUUGUGGAUGGAAUAGGGUACAGGAUGGUACUGUAUGCUGUUAACGCAUUAAGAAGGCAAGAAACUCGUCCACGAAUUACCUUCUGACGAGGCACAGCUGUUAAUUGAAAAGCAUUCCAGGUGAUGACCUCAUGAAGCUGGUUAAGAUAACACCAGUAGUGUGUAAGGAGCCAUCAAGGGAAACACUGGAUACACUGAAGACGCUCAAAUAUCAAUAUGUAUUGUUUAACUUGUUUACCACAUAAUUCCAUAUCUGUUCCAGAUGUUAUUGUAGCUUUGAUGUCUUCAGUGUACAAAAUGGAGAAUAAAAUACAGAAAAACCUAUGGUAGAGGAGGGGUGUACAAACUUUUUGCUGGUACUGUGUUCAGAGUGUUUCACAAGUCUGAGACCAAACUGAAAACCAGAAAUAAACACACGUUUUUUGGAAUUAUGAAAAGAGAAAGGGAGGGAGGGAGGAAACGUUCAGUGUCUUGCAUUUUCAUUGUUCUAGAUUUUGCACUAUAUCUCAAGCACAUUUACGAUCGAGAUCAUGUUCAGCGUUUUGUACAAAAGGUCUGAUUUUCUUCAAAGAAUGCAUAAAUGAAAUAUUUUCACUCGCUUUAUCAGACUUUUGGAGCACGUUGGAUGUUUAAAAAAAAAAAAAAAAUGUAAUGAUGGUUGUUGAAAAUGCUGCCCGUAUGUGUACAAAGAAAAAUCUCGUUUAUCAGUCAUGCUUUAUCUUGAUUGUCCGAGCUGUAUGUGUUUGUAUUUGAACUCCAGAAGUAAAGGUGAAAAAAUGGGUGCUGUAA